AUGGCUCAGGCUGGUGGUCAAGACGAAGAUGUAGAGACUGCAGGAGCAACAAUUCAGAGCCACCACUUGUGUUGUGGUUUUGAGUUUAAUGGAACUCGAAGAGUGAAGCUCUGUGGGUUUUCAUCUGAGGAUGAUGAUGGUGCUAAUGUGCUGAGAAAUGAGGACUCGAGAGGCUUAGUGAUGAAGAAGAAGAGCUCAUGGAGUCGUAUGUCCAAACUUGCCAAUCCCACAUUGCGGAAAAUGGCUGCAUUGUUUCUACAGAGCUGUUUCUGUGAAUACAAAAAUGAACGGAGGAUUGAAAAACAGAUCUUCGUUACCAAAUAA